AUGACCUCGGCUAGUGACACUUGUGACGAGGUGGCUGAUGCUCGGGAACGGUAUCUUCGUUUCUUCGCAAAUGCUGCAGGGAGCAAUGUGACCGUAGCGAUGCACGAAAAAACAAGUGUGACCGGUGUAUUAGUGGCAAUGAAAGGCGAUGGUAGCCAUUUUCUUGUCGAUCAACUCAAAACCCCCAUUGGAGUGAUGGAUAGUGCUGUAUUGAGAACAGCGGACACUAUCAUGAUGAUCAUGGACUGGAAUGAUGUAAAUCGACACAAAUAA